CUUCCCCCGGUUCCAACUGUUGUGCCGCCUCGGGAUUUGGUCUGAGCCUGGGCAGAGCCCCCCUUUAAGAGCAGCCCUCCAGCUUCUAUCACAGCAAGAGUCUGGUGGAAGUGAUUCUUGCCUUCGCGUCGCACACAAAGGCGAGGAGCUCUUUAAAGGGACCUUCCUGCUCCUGCGUGCAGCUGCUAACCCGUGUUGGUGCAGACACAAUGACCCAGGCUUCCGCCUGAAAAUGAGUGGGGAGGGGUCUUGAGGAGCCCCCUCGACCUCCCGGAGUGGGGCAGGGAGGGAGCUGACAGCCGGAGUGGAUGGAGACCACUGGUUCCGGGGGAGCAGCUUGCGAUUAGCUGCUUCUUGGGAUGCUCAGCGCGCCAGUAGAGCAUCCUGCCUGUGGUCCAGAGGGUGCUGGCGGCGCAUCUUGCGGUAUGCCUGGGUGGAUUUGAGCCAUCGCCCCGAGGCGAGCCCGCAUUCAGACGCCGCGGACAGGCUCCUGGCAGGGCUGCGUGCAGUCAGCACAAAUGCUUAGCUACAGGCGUCUGCCCAAGCCUCCCGACUACAUGGCUUUGGCUGUUUAGUCAACCGAGAUUACUGCCUGGGAAGAUUUGCCAGCCUGAUCUGCGCUCCAGCUGCUGUGACAACUUCAGGGCUAGCUGUUUACUUCUCUCGGUGCCUGGGACUCUCUCCUGCACCGCAGCCACUCCUGCCACUUUCCCUGGCUCUGAAGUCAGCCGCGAGGACUCCUCUGCCCCGAGGAAGGGGGAGCAAGGAGGGGUUAAAAGACGAGCAGACCCUCCCAGCUGCUCGACCUCUCUUGACUGCUUGUGUUCCGGGGUUCUGAGAGGGACCGUGCACUGCCCCGGGAAGCAAUGCAAGUCUCCAUAGCCUGCACAGAGCAUAAUUUGAAGAGUCGGAAUGGCGAGGAGCGACUUCUGAGCAAGCAGAGCUCCACCGCCCCCAAUGUGGUGAACGCAGCCCGGGCCAAAUUCCGCACAGUCGCUAUCAUCGCACGCAGCCUGGGGACCUUCACCCCUCAGCAUCACAUCUCUCUCAAAGAGUCCACCGCAAAGCAGACUGGCAUGAAAUAUAGGAAUCUUGGAAAAUCAGGACUCAGAGUUUCUUGCUUGGGUCUUGGAACAUGGGUGACAUUUGGAGGUCAAAUUUCAGAUGAGGUUGCUGAACGGCUGAUGACAAUUGCCUACGAGAGUGGAGUGAAUCUCUUUGAUACGGCUGAGGUCUACGCCGCUGGAAAGGCUGAAGUGAUUCUGGGGAGCAUUAUCAAGAAGAAAGGCUGGAGGAGGUCCAGCCUGGUCAUAACAACCAAACUCUACUGGGGUGGAAAAGCUGAGACGGAAAGAGGGUUGUCAAGAAAACAUAUUAUUGAAGGACUGAAGGGCUCCCUCCAGAGGCUGCAGCUCGAGUAUGUGGAUGUAGUCUUCGCAAAUCGACCAGACAGUAACACCCCCAUGGAAGAAAUCGUUCGAGCCAUGACACAUGUGAUAAACCAAGGAAUGGCAAUGUACUGGGGAACCUCCCGCUGGAGUGCCAUGGAGAUCAUGGAAGCCUACUCUGUAGCAAGACAAUUCAACAUGAUCCCACCAGUCUGUGAACAAGCUGAGUACCAUCUUUUCCAGAGAGAGAAAGUGGAGGUUCAGUUACCAGAGCUCUACCAUAAAAUAGGUGUCGGAGCGAUGACAUGGUCUCCACUGGCCUGUGGCAUCAUCUCAGGAAAAUAUGGAAACGGGGUGCCUGAAAGCUCCAGGGCUUCACUGAAGUGCUACCAGUGGUUGAAGGAAAGGAUUGUGAGUGAAGAAGGGAGAAAACAGCAAAACAAGCUGAAAGACCUUUCCCCGAUUGCGGAGCGUCUGGGAUGCACGCUACCUCAGCUAGCCGUGGCGUGGUGCCUGAGAAACGAGGGUGUGAGUUCUGUGCUCCUGGGAUCAUCCACUCCUGAACAACUCAUUGAAAACCUCGGUGCCAUUCAGGUUCUCCCAAAGAUGACAUCACACGUGGUAAAUGAGAUCGAUAACAUACUGCGCAACAAGCCCUACAGCAAAAAGGACUAUAGAUCAUAAGGCAAUGCAUGAGCCGCAGGAGCUGCAUGGGUAAAGCAGCAGUCUAUACAGGUACAGAACGGUGUUACUAGCCAGUGUUCUGAAUCACUUAGCAGCCCACUGCUCAACCUCUAGUGUCCCCGGAUUCUGAGGUGUCUGCUGUCGCUACCACUGUGCACCUGAAUUAUGAACACAUCUGAAAACUCACAACCAGGAAAAUCCAUUCUAUUUUCUUAUCUGGGACUGCAGUCACCUAUUCUUACAUUGCUCUGUACAUCUCAUGUUUAUGCAAAGGGAAGCAUGUGGCGGGGGAAAGACAUAUUACCUUCAGGCAUUUAGUAACUUAAAGAAGGUUGUACAGAUAUAUUUUUUCAAAUGAACAACAUCCACAGAUGCAACGUGGAUUGCAUCAGAAAGAGUAGGCUCUGUUUACUCAGAAGUCUUGCUUGAAAAAUCAGCUGAAACAAUUUUACAUUUUUUUUUUCUAUUUUCACAUUCAUGUUAGCAAGAGUUGUUUUCACUUGUCAUUCAACAGAAGUGAAAUGCCUAGGUAUUUGCUUUCGUUACCUUUUAAAUAUUUAGUGUUGCUUGGCCUCAAAAAUGGCCCUGUAUAGCAAUUCCUCCAAGGUGGUCUAGUAGGAUUCUAAUAAUGUUAUGUCCAUUUACAUGGAGAGAUGGUAAAAGGAUGAAGACCCUAGUCUUUAACCAGAGACAGUCUGGUUAAUUUAUGAAAGGGAGAAUUACACUACUAUGGAAGCCUAGCUUUUGAAUAAAAUGUAUCUGCAAUGAAGUGUUCAUUUUUACCUACAUUUUCCUAAAACCUGCUUUAUACUUUUGACUGCUUGUAGGCACAGCUUCUGCAAGUUUAAAUAUUUGAGCUUUAAAAAUAAAUAUACACAUGCUCAGUUUUGUAAGUAAAUCUGUAAAAUAUCCAGAAAGGCAAAUGUUUGCUGUUUAAUUAGCACUGGGAUUUUACAUGCUUGGUGUUUUUGAGAAGUUAUUAACAUGAAAGUGAAUCAUAGGCUUCGAGAAAAAUGCUGUCACUACUCAGCAUAUGCUGGGUGAAGUAACUUGCCCAAAGAAAAGUAAAUGUUAAAGAACUUCCUAAUUCCAUAAUCACACUAUGUGCUUUAAACUAUAUGCAUGAAAGUUCUUUGCAUGGAUUAAUGGGGCCUAGCCUUGUGGCACUCAGAAGUUGAGGUAUAUCCCGCCCUGCCACUAUUGGCUACCUACUCUCAUGAGUAUAUCACUUGAGAAAAACUGACAGUAUACUGUGUGUACCUGUAAGGAGGGAGAAAACUUUUUUUCCCCACUUUUAAGGUGUAUGUAAAGGGGGGAGGGUCCUCUAUCUCUAUUUGGACACCUGAGCAUGCACGAAAUUCUAAUUUAAUUUUCUGGCCAACAGGACCCCAUGUAGAAACCACUGAGACUUACAGAAGAAAUGUACUAUCAGCUUAAAAUGCUAUUUUCUGCCAUCAUUUCCAGAUAUGUAUUUCAUGAUUAAGUUCUCAAUCUUAAAAUGUUAGUGUGAAGUACCAACAAAUUUUCUUUUUGAGUACUAUUACCUGUAUUCUAAUAGGGAAACAGUGCGUUUUUUACCCAAGAGUAUCAGAUUAAUGAUGGAAAUGGAUCAUUUUUCAGUUGUUCAUUGUGCAUUCAAUCAAUCCAGUGAACUACUGUAUGCAUAAAUGAGCUGAAGUUGUCUAAUUGGAACUGCAGUUUAUUUGCUUAGAGUAAUAAAAGCAUUUGUGCAUUUAAUCUCACAAUUAGUUUUUAUCUGAUCUAUCAUUAUAAGGCUAUAUAUAUAUCAUUAUAGUAUACACACACACACACACACACACACACACACCCAUCUUCAUAAAACAGGCAGUAACAAUCACUUAAAUAAAAAUAAUGUUGGCAGGUAAGCUGCACUGAGUGAUACCUAACAGAAAUAGCUUUACCAAAAGAUUUAAAUUGCAACCCAAACUUUUUUUCUCUUGUUAAUGGAGAAAAUGAUUAGCAACUAAAGAUAUUUCUCCUUGGGUUUUAGAAAUGUUCUGUACUAAGGUUAAAGCUUCUCAAACUCAUUUAAAAGAACCUGCAAAUUAAAAUCAAAUACCAACAUUGCUUGGCCAUGGGAACACCUAGUUUUAUAUACAAAUCAUCUGCCAUGGUAAAUACACUAGAUAAAUACAUUUCACAGUUCUAUCCUUAAGAAAAAUUUCCAUGCACUCUCAUUUUCUUUUCUUUUCUGGAAAGAAUUUCCUUGGCAGAGAACAUACCAUUCCAAAGGGUAACCUGGGUGGCAGCCAGCCACACACUGAAACCUCAGCCAAGGGAAAUGAAAACUAGAAGCCCUGUGCCUGGCUUCCAACUUUAAGAACUGCCACUUCAUCUUCAUCCGUAGUGUGCACCAAGGGUCACCGGACAGAUGUCAGGGCUUCAAGGGGCCUUCGCCAUCUUUGAGACCACCCCACUCCCUGCAAAUGAGGAACCCAGGCCUGAAGAGAUUAAAAGGACUCGCCCAAACUCAUACUGCAAGUUGAUGGCAGAACCAGGCCUAGAACCCAAGUAUUUUGUGUUCCAGUCCGGUGCUCUUUUAGGGAUGAUUUUUUUAGCUUUAAAGCUUUAUGAAAAAGUAAGUGUGUGUGAUUUUUUAAGUUAAAAAAACUUGGAUAGGAAUUCAAAUUCAGGAUCAGUUAAGAAGAAGGAAAGGUCAAAGAAAUGCAAUGAAAACUCAUGAAGGCCAAUGGGAAGUUCAUCUCUAACCACCUCCAUGAAAAUCAAACCAACCACCCAAAAGACCCUCCUAAUCUUCAAUGAAUCCCCCUACUUGGGAGUCCAAGGAGGUGGGAGAUAACCCCUUACAGCCCUUACAAGCAUUUGAUCAGUAACUACAAAAAUGUGCAUUUACAUGCGUGGGAAAUUAAAAUAAUGGUUAACGUGAAAUAAUGAAAUAAAGAUGAUAUACUUAAUCACAUGGUUCUUAUAAAGAAGUCUAGGGAAAAUAUAAAUUUUACAAAGCAAAACUUAAUGAUACUCAAUAAGCAAGACCUUUUGGGAAUUCCCUGGUGGUCCAGCCGUUAGGACUCUGUGCUUUCACUGCUGAGGGCGCGGGUUCAAUCCCUGGUCAGGGAACUAAGAUCCCACAAGCCGUGCGGUGUGACCAAAAAACGAAAAAACUUAGCAAGACCUUUCAUAAGAAUUUUGGGUAUAAAUACAACCUCCACAUUUGUUAACUUCAAACUUGCUUCAAAUUAUUCUAUCCAAGUUAGAAUAAUAUACCAUAUAGGUCAACCAGUAGAUUUUUACUGGCUAAGAAUAAUUUCAACCCAAGUAUUAAGUUAUAAAUGAAAUUGUAACUUAUCACAAGGGGUGUAAAAACAGGAAUUAAAUCACUUUGAAUCCCAAUUACAGCAAAACCCCUUUUAUUUUACUGGUGUUGGAUAAGAGGUAUUUUUAAGAUAAAAAUUCUCCAGCAGGCUUUUACUAACUAAGCCAGAUCCAGCACAUCAUAAUUCUUUGCACUGCACAGUCUUUCUAGGUGACACGGAGAGUCACGGAGCUCUCACCUAGAGAGCUGGGGAAAAGGUUCCACAGCUCCUAAGAGUAAAGCACUGGUACAGUAAAUCCUUAGUGAAAACUGCAGAACCAUCAGAAUAUGUCUUAUAAACAUACGCCGGAAUUUAUCUGACAGUAUAGAAAGUUAGAAACUAUUAUCAGGAUUAAAAACAAAAAGUGCCAUAGGAAAAUUUCAGGACCAAAGCCAAAUUUUGCUUCCUCACUUUUCUACAAAUUAUUCAGUUUAUUAACUCAAGAGGCACUCUAUUAAGAACGUCACACUGAUGCCCCUAUUUCGCCACCCCAUCUCAGGUAUACUGUAUUAUAAGAAUUUUUUUCCCAUCUAUACAGGCACUGCCAUCUAGUGGCAAUUUUUUACCUGCAAGUUAAAAAUUACAGGUAAAAAAUUACUUGACCCAGCUCUGGUAACAAACAGAAGACACUGAUGGUUUGUCAAAUAGUCAUUUUGUCAAAUAAGCAAGCGCAACUGGUACAAACGCCACGCCACCAAACUACUGACCAGUUAUUAAUCAACAGAAAAAAAAAGUUAAAACAUAAUAAACUUCUUAUGUGCUACACUAACUACUGUGCAGGGUCUUUCUUCUGACUUCCGCAUUAACCUCAUAUUACCCAGUGGUGGCACAUGGAUAACAAUGUACCAGAGAAAAGUAAAGAACUGCAGACUUCUAAAAGCAAUGAUGAAAUCUAAUCCUCAGUUGAAGAUAAUGAUGAUCUGGGUCACUAGGCAAACGUACUCCUGGCCCGUCUUCACUCCAGGUUCUUAGAUGUGACUUCCCAAAACAUCCAAGAGCAUGGAAGUGGAAGAUGGACUCCUGGUGAAUAUCUUUCUAUAGUUAUAAAUGGUGAAUAUUAUUUGCAACAUUCACCUUAAAUUUAGAAGUGGAAACCAAACAUUAAAGUUAAGAUUAGCAAUUGGGAAUAUAUUUCCUUUAAGAUAUUGUUUGUAGAAAAGUACUGGAUGUGGUCAAAAGCUGACAGGAAUUAUCACCUGUGAGUCCAUAACCUUUUAAGUGAUGUAGGUUCAAGAAGAGCUUCCCAAACUUUUUCAAAUCAUGGAACAUAGAAAAAAAUAAUUACCUGUAAACACACUGGUUAAAAAAUGCAAGAGACUGCUCUUGGCUGGACCCACAAGGUCUAAAGAGAUCAAUAUUUUGUUUACAAUUGAUAGGAACCUGUGGACUAAAGGGUCAAAUUUACAAAAGUCCUCAUGGAAAAAUGCUGACCAGCACCAAAACCACUGUAAUUUCUUGGAGAGUUCUUAGAAUUCCAGAACUAAGAUCACAAAAAUUACUUUGGUCUUUUACACAUCAAUAUUCAGGAAAGAGGUUCUCUUAUUGAACAUUUCUCCAGUGAUGUGAGACCCUGGUCAAGAGAAAACAAUGAUUCCAUUCUCUUAAUAGGUCAAACCAACAUGGUAGGGUCAAGCUAACCUCCCUGGACAUCCAGGACCAAAGCUAUAGAGCUGAACAGCGUGUACUUUAAUAACCGCAUAGGACAACUCUCAUAUGCCUAGGCACUAUUUUUAGAUUAUUACCUUGGCUGCCUUUCUUCCUUUAAAAAAAAAAAA